CAAAACAAGCCAGAAAUGCAUCAAGUUUCCUCUGUGGUUGCUAAGUUGGAGCAGCGUUUAAGAGAUUGGUUUGACGCAUUUUUUACUUUAAAACCGGAGGCCAAUAUAGCACUAGCGGCAACUGUACUAACUCCAGAUAUUAAAAUGAGUUGGAUCAAGGUGUUGCAAAGGAUAAAACCGGAGAUGACAGCAGCGGACAUAAGUACCAGGGUUUUAAACACAAUUUGCGAUUUCUAUGCAAAAGAUAAUCGUGCUUUCAAUGCACAAAUAUUGAAAAAUAAUGAAUUAUUUGCAAAUAAUGGGCAUUUUGAUUUUGACCUCAACGACACAGAUAACGAAAAAGGAACAAAUGCUACUCCUGCGCUAAGUGCUAGUGAUCGUCGGGCUUUUUUGACCCAUCACUUUUUCUGUUACUUAAAUGACAAUUCAAGAACAAACGACACUUGGGUAAAACAUUGCAGUCUAAAAGAAGCUUUUGUUGCCUUUAAUACUCCCCUGACAUCCUCAGCACCAGUAGAGAGGCUAUUUUCCUUUGCGGGGAUAGUGAAUAGUCCAAGGCGCCAGUCAAUGUCGGACUUAUCAUUUGAGAAAUUGGUGUUAUUGAAAGCAAAUUCUAAAUGGUGUUAAUGAAUAUUUUUCUUGUUAUUUUGUUAUAAAUGAAUCUUGUUAUU